ACGUUCACUCCCUCUUCAGAACAACUCAUCAGUUCAUUUGUCUGAGGAUCUUCACCAGUGUUACUGCUUUCUGACAACAAAGACAUAAUGGCAACAUCCGAUGGGUUUCCAGCCAGUUUCUAUGGUGAACCUGGGGUGUUGGGCAUGUUAUCCAAUGGGAUCAGUGCAUUCCUUGUCCUUCUGCAGAACUUUAAUACAGCCCGUAGUGGCACUGAACCAAUGGGAGUGGAAAACAUACUUGCAGGUGUCCAUCUCAUCCUGAUUGGUGGUAUAUGUCAGCUGGUGGCCGGACUGCUUUCCUUCAGAAAAUAUGAUCAUCUGAGUGGCACUGCCUUCAUUGGUUAUGCUGCUCUGUGGGGCAGUUUUGGUGCCACUCGAAUCUUCUUUGGUGCCUUACCAGAAAAAAACACCACUACAACGUCCAUGUCUCUGAAUUCCACCACAGAGCUCCUUGUGUGCAAUUUAUGCCUCUCCACAAAAGAGUCUGCCGUUGCUGGUCUGGUUCCCUUUAUCCUUCUGUCCUUCCUCCUAGCCUUCUGCUCUGCCACAGUCAACUAUAUCAUGCCUUUUGUUUUUGGGGCCAUCACUGCCACCUUAGUGUUUGAAGCAGUGGGCCUAGUUUCAAGCUCCUGGGCUCUUGUCGUCUCGGGGGUUCUUGAGUUGCUCAUUUUGAUUUUUGCAAUCUACGGUUCAGCUGCACUGCUGAUCAAAGGCCUGACUCAGCGUCUAGUCCUCAAAGGUUUUGGUACCCCCCUCUUUAAUGUUCUCUUGCUGGGGACUGCCAACUCAGCGAGCACACAGAGCAUUGGUCAAGAGAAGAAGAAAAACACAAAAUAUGCAGAACCCAUGGCCUUAGGUUUCUUCUGUGACACUGUUGCCCCUUUCAUCUUUGCUUUCUAUAGCUUUGGGUAUGUUAAAGCCUUCGGCCUGGGUGUUGUAUGGGUUUCCAUCAUCUCAGUAGCCCAGCUGUUCUCAAGCUACUAUGCCCAUCUGCGCCAAGAUUGUUACCACACAACUAAAUUUGGUUUGCAUGCUACAUAUUGGCUAGUGAAAGCAUGGGAGGAGUUUGUGGUAUCUGUCCUGAUUGUGGAGGACAGUAACUUGGUUUCAGGGAGGGAAGCUCUAGUGGGGAACUGGUUCUUUGUGGUGGCAGGCUUGGUGCUCUGUGUGGUAAGCCUGAACAUGGAUGUCCUAGAACUAGUCCACAACAUAUUCUUUCUCCUGCUCACAGUCUCAACAAUCCCCCAGAUUCCUCUCCAGGCUUCCUAUAUUUUCUUUGGCGUAGCUUGCUCCCUCUUCACCACAGCCUCUCUGUAUGGUACCUUCUCACGUCUCAUCAACACGAUAGCAGAGAAGUCUCUCAUCCCAAUAGGCCCGCAGCCCAUUUCCACUGAACAGCUACAGAAGGCUUUCAUGUGUGGCAGAUAUAAACAGGGAAGACAGGAAGUACUGCCCCAAACAGACCAAGACUCAGAUGCCCUGUUCUACAUUUCCAAUGGACUUGCAGCUCUCUCAGCUCUUCAUACUCACACGUCAAGCUCAAACCCGUCCUUCCUUCAUUUGACUGUCCCUUGGGUCCUCAUCUCUGGAGCCAUCAUACAGGCCUAUGUCAGCCGCCUGCAAGUUACAGGAGGUGGCCGUUUUGGGUCUGUCAUUUCAUCCAUCUAUGUAGCAAUAUGGGCAACCUGGACCUGGUUUAGAUUUGCAGGUAACCUGCUCCAACAUUCCACAGAAGCAUCCUAUGGUUUUACAGCCGGAGCUAUUGCUUUCUUGGUCAUUAACACUUUCCUCAUGCUGAUAGCUGCCUACAAGAAUCUUGUUUUGCUCUUUCUAACAACAGUCAUGGAGGUUGUUCUGGUCUGUUUCCUGCUGUCCACACUGCAGCAACUCCCAUACCAACUAGAAAUUGCCAUGCUUGCACUUCUUUCAAUAAUUUGUAUGUAUGGAGCUCUGGGCUCACUGGUCAACUGCAUCUUCUUGUGGAGACUACUGCCAAUGGGCCCUGCCUUGUUAAAGGAAAAGGGGAAGAAGGAAACAUCUCCAGGGCUGCCCUGCCCUGUUGCUGAUUCCCGACUCACCAGUGGCCUACAGAUGAUCGCUGGUCUCCUGGAGGAAGGUGGAGUAUGUGGUGCUCCCACAGACACAGUCUAUUGCCUGGCUGCCUCCUGCAAGAAUCCUCAGGCUAUAGAGAAAAUCUACAACAUUAAAGACAGACCAGCAGAGAAGCCCAUCUGUAUAUGCAUCUCAAGCAUCGAGCAGUUGGUAGCAGCUAGGCCUCCCUUCAGUCCUCUGCUUUGGGAGUUUAUGAAGAAUGUGUAUCCUGGAGGAAUCAGCUGCAUCGUCAGCAAAGGAGACUGGCUUUACAAACUGGGAGUGGGACCAGCUUAUGACCGUGUUGGUACCACCGACAGUAUCAUGAUCCGAGUCCCAGACCACACUGUGACCGCUCACCUAUGUGACAUGACUGGACCCCUUGCCAUUACCUCGGCCAAUCCCAGCGGAGAGGCAGACAGCACCCACCACAGCAUGGUCAUUAAUCGACUGGGGCACAAGAUCCAAGGAGUUCUCUGUGAUGGGUACUCAAAGGAAGUUGUUGCAUCAACUGUGGUCAACUGCCUGAAGAUUGAUGAAGGCACCAUCACCAUUGUGAGGGAAGGCUGCGUCCCCGCAGUGAAAGUCAGGCAGAUCUUCGACAGAGUGAAAGCCACAAUGCUGUGAUCGUCCCAUAACUCACUGCCUUCCUUUCCUGAGAGCCUCGUCACACCUGGUGUCCCACCACUACUGGGUCAAGUGGCACAAAUACAUUAGAGGAGUGGUAAAUGAUUGUAUAAAUUCAGAAUUUAUUCAAACUUUAUAAAACUAGUUUGUAGAACACCUCUAUCAAAGGCUUGAUAUGAGAAGGUUGCAUCUUAAAAUGGGGAAAUUAAAUGUUAUGACUGUUAAUUUGAGUAUACUUGGUAUGUGUUUUUCUAUUUUCUUUAACAGUAACAAAUAUAGAGCAUUUGUAUUAUUGUAUUAGUGCUCUGCUUUAUGAUCAUUAUUAUUUUAUACUUGUCAUAUGAAAUUUACAGAAUGCUCAUCAAAUGAAAUCUCAAAAAUGUAUGAACAAUUUCAGGGACACUGUAAGAAAAACAUGAGCAAAACCAAAGGAACAGAGCUGUACAUGUAUGUGUGUAAGUUGUGUUGUAAAAUGUUCAUUUAUACCUCAAAACAUUUGUAAUAGAUGCCUUACAGUCUCAGCAAAGUAUUUUCUUUUCCAUAUAAGGAAUCACACCAACUUGAAGCUGUAUCACUGUGAUAAGAAGUGUGGGAGAUGUAAUAUUUCUGUUAGAUGUAAAUUUUUUGUGAAAUGUGGUCAGUCUGCAAACACGUAUUUAUUGGAAAUAGAAAAUGUAACUUAUGUUGUUGUAUGUAUUUAAGCUCACUGUACCGUUCAUUCAAU